CCCACCUGAAGGCACACCCACCGCAGAGGGCAAGUGCUGAUCCAAAAAUUUUGGGUGGAGCCUGCAGCUUUCUCUCAUCCUCUCUGCUGAAAAAUUUCCUGCAACUCCAUCGCGCCUGCGCACAACACCCUCCUUGCGCCCACGAGAGGAAGUCGAAGCCCAAUCGAUCCGCGCAAGAUCCUCGGAGGGACUCACGACUGCCCAACAUGUCUCUCUUUGUUCUGGCCGAGACGCCUGCGGGCUACGGCCUGUUCAAGGCCGCCGACAAGAAACUCUUCAAGAACGAUGACCUCGCCGCCGAGCUCGGCCGUCCCGAGAAACUCGUGGAGAUGCUCAAAUUGAAAAAGUUCGUCAAGUUUGACAGCGCCGCCAUGGCCCUCGAGGAGGCGGCGUCGCUCAAGGACGGGAAGGUCCCUUCGCUGCUCAACUCCCUGCUCGAGGACCUCAAGUCCGAGAAGAAGGCCUCACUGGCCGUCGCUGACAUCAAGCUGGGCACCGCCAUCUCCAACCUCCCCCAGCUCAACAUCUCGCCUGUCUCCGGCUCCAACACAAUGGACGUCUUCCGUGGCAUUCGAGAGCACCUCCCUUCUCUGAUUCCUGGUCUGCUGCAAGAAAACGUGGACCGCAUGGCCCUCGGUCUCUCCCACUCCAUCUCCCGCCACAAGCUGAAGUUCUCCGUCGAUAAGAUCGACUCGAUGAUCAUCCAGGCUAUUCGCCUGAUCGACGACAUGGAUAAGGAUCUCAAUGUCUUCGCCAUGCGCACCAAGGAAUGGUACGGCUGGCACUUCCCCGAGCUUGCCAAGAUCCUCAACGACAACCUAGCCUAUGCCCGCCUUGUCAUUACCGCCGGCUUCCGAACGAACAUCGCCGAGACCGACCUCUCCGAAAUCCUCCCCGAAGCCACCGAAGAGGCCGUCAAGAAGGCUGCCGAGAUCAGCAUGGGCACGGAGAUCACUGAAGACGAUUUGGUCAAUAUCAAGGCUCUGGCAGAGCAGGUCAUCCAGUACACCGAGUUCCGAGCGCAGCUCUCCUCGUACCUCGAGAGCCGCAUGCGUGCCAUCGCCCCUAACCUGACUGCUCUGGUUGGCUACUUGGUCGGCGCCCGACUCAUCGCUCACGCCGGUUCUCUUAUGAACCUGGCCAAGGCCCCUGGAUCCACUAUCCAGAUUCUUGGCGCUGAGAAGGCGCUCUUCCGUGCCCUUAAGACCAAGCAUGACACCCCCAAGUACGGCAUUAUAUACCAUUCAUCCUUGAUUGGCCAGGCAACGGGGCGCAACAAGGGCAAGAUUGCCCGUAUGCUUGCCGCUAAGACUGCUCUUGGUCUCCGUGUCGACGCCCUCGAUAACAACGAGGAGGAAGAGGAGGAGCAGCGCGCCAUUCUCGGCCUCAGCAACCGCAUCAAGCUGGAGAACCACCUGCGCCGGCUAGAAGGCAAGCCUCUUCUUCCCAAGGGGACUAACGUGGGUCCCACUGGCGAGAUCGUCGCUCCUGGACAGUUCACGCUGAAGGAAACCCGCCGAUACAACGUUGAUGCCGACGGUGUCAACGGCGAGGACAGCAAGAAGGGCAAGGGCAAGAAGGCCCUCAUUCAAGAAGUCGACGCGCAGUCCGACGAUGAGAUGAAGGACGCCGAGGAUGAGUCGGAUGAUGAUGAGGAUGCCGCCACCCCUGCGAAGUCCAAGGUUGCCAAGCUGUCCAAGGCCGAGUACGAGCGCUUGGCCGAUCUUGCCGGUCUGUCGGUCAAGAAGUUCAAGCGAAAGUACGAGCGUGGUGAUGUCCAGCUCGGCGCUGAUGGCAACCCCAAGGUGUUCAGCAAGAAGGAGCUCAAGAAGAUUCGCAAGGCCGAGGCGAAUGGCACCCCCGUCAAGGCAGAGACGCCUGCCAAGUCGGAGCCCGCGUCCGAGAAGAAGAAGAAGCGCAAGCACGAGGAUGAUGAGGAUGCCGCCGAUUCAAAGAAGGAGAAGAAGCAGAAGAAGAAGAAGCGCCACUCGGAAGCCUAAAUGGAAACAUCGGGGAAGCGCUGCGGUCCCGUCUCGUGCGGAGGGCCACGGGACACGGCAAAGUCUGCAAUUCGUUCUGCAAUGUGUAGAUAUACGGCGAUACCUGCGACUCCAAGGGUGAAGGAGUCUUUUCUGGGCGUCUUCUUUUUUCUUGUUGAGCCGAUUUUCUGGCCGGCGUUUGGAGGGGGGACAUCCGAGGCAUCUGGCGUGUAGGGCUGUUUCUUGAUUUUGGAUGCUCAUCCGCGUCAAAGUAGUUGGCGGUGCAGCUUGUCACGACUGGCGGGCUGCUUCCGGGCAGACGACGGAGGGUUGAUAGGCAUCAGUGGUGUAUGAAAUGAACUUGUUAAAUAACCCG